UGAUAGUGUCUAGUGUGUCUGUGUCGACGACAUGUUGAUAUUAUUGAAAUAGACACCAAUAGAAAAGCUCGGCAAACGCAGUAGCGAAAGUAAAAAAAAAAUCAAAUAAUUUUUUAAAAAAAUUGCAAGCUGCAAUUCAACGGGAUUUUUGGCAUUCACAAUGACACCAUUUGAUGAUUUCAUUUAUCUAAUUAAUCAUGUGCUGCUUGGCGAAGAGCCGACUAUUGAGGAUUUCAUACUGCUUGUGGGCACACUGGUGGCCUUCAUAGCGUUCAUACUCUGGUGCUGUUUUCCCAUACAGCCAAAGGAGCCGGGACAGCAUCGUCAAUUUACAUGUAGGAUCAUUACGAGUCAUAUUAAGGCAUUUGAUAAGGCCACCAAUACGGACAAUGCCGGUGCAUCAUCAUCGACGACGGUUUCGUCGACGGCCACAGCCAGCAACAUUGGCAAGAACAUCGGCAACUUGGGUAACAUUAGAAACUUAGGCAAUUUGACGGGCCACAUCAGCAACAACAAUAAUAAUAAUAACCACAACAACAACUUGGGCAACAUUGGCAGCGCCUUCAUCUUUAGAGGCGUCUCCAAUUUGAGCGGCAAUUCGCAAUACAACAGCGGCGGCACAUACAGCAAAAGCGGCACUGUUGCCAUGCACAAUUAUUACGUUAAGAGCGGCCAUCAUUGCUGCACCUAAACUCUUAACCAGGCCUAAGGCAUUCACUCACACACUCUCACUGGCUUCACAGCUUUGACGACCAAGUCAACAACCAAACCUUUCCAAACAUCGCCUGCUUUGUAGAUGUUCAACAUACAAAACAAAUAACUUUUAAGAUGUUUGAUGUCUCGUUCAUGUUCUCUAAAUGUCUCAUAAUAAGUGUGCCAAUUUGUUGUUCAAUAGCUAAAAGCUUGUUGAACAUUUCACCCUCUUAACUCCUCAUUCCCCUUCUCCCUCCUCAACCUACUACCACUUGUAAUUUGCAAGAAAAUUUUGAAUUGUAAUUGCUCAGACUGAUUUGUAUCAUGUAGAAAUGGGCAUUUUUAAUGCACUUUUCCAUGAUAGAUAAGACGAAAAGACAAAGACAUAAAAAAAUGCGGAUAGAGAAUGGCGCAAGUUUUUAAAACUUCUCAUUAUUUGUAGUACGUAUUAAAUGUAUUGCUUUCAAAUACCAAAAUUAUAAUAUUUAAACAAAAUACGGCAAAACAAUGAAAACCAAGCAACUAAUUAUAAGUAUUUAUUACGAUAAUUGCAUAUUUAUACGCAUGUUAAUAUGACUACAACCGCUUACAAUCCCUCAAGACGUUUGCCCGCAUAUAGAGCAAAAAAAAAAACUAAUAAUAAAAUAAGCAAACUCAAAAAUCAAUUAAAAAGCCGUUCGCUUUAUUAAGUACAUCUCACAUAUUUAUGACGUGUAAAGAAAAAAAUGAACAAUGAAAGCAGACAUUAAAGCGAACGGUUUCUACAGGGAGUUUGUGUCUGUGUUGUAUCUAUAAGAUAUUAUUCUCGCCACAUACACAUGAUCCACAUCAAUUAGCCAAGUUUUUAGUGAUAUGUUUUUCCCACUCAAAUUGUUUUUGUAUUUCAUUUCUUUAACUGUAUACACUACUUAAGAUACGUAUAUAUGUAAUAUGUUUGAUCUCAUUUGUCAACUUAUUUAUGUGAUGAAAACUUAAAGAAUUUCUUCAGUACGAAGGGUUAUUAAACGAGAAAAAUCCCUUUUAAAAAAGAAAUCCCACAAAU